GCGCCUCCUCCCCGGUCCUCAGUAGUUAACGAAUUAAGCGUCCGAGUGCAUCAUUCCUUUUUGUCCAAUUUUUUCCUUAUUUUUGUUGUGCUCGUCGGUAAAAUUUUCAGCCUUUUUACCCUCCAAAUAAUUCGUCGUUUUUGAGGCACUUUUAUUUUUUUAUUUCUCGUGUUAUUGGUGAUAAUGAGCGGUGACGUACAGCCAAGAAAACGGAAGGACAAGAGACGCAAAAAAGACGACGAAGAUGCGGGAACCCCUCCACCCACGUUGGUCAAUCCGUCCUCCGAUAAUUCGACGGACAAUGUGACGAUACACGUGCACAAAGAGGGCGGCACAGGAGGCCACUGGUGCGCGAGGAUAAUUUUUUUUGCACUUUUCAGCGUUCUCGUUGGGCUCGUAGGAUUAAUAAUAUUCGAGAGUCGAGGAAGCACCGACGUCGACACACCCAUUUCGGACUCGAGAUGGGCCAUGAUUUUCGACGGCUGGGUCGACGACAUUCUCCCACAACACGAAGACGAAGCCCACGAAGAAGCGAGCCAAGAGGAUCGCGAACACGAGGAGGAAGAGGACGAAGAUGAAAAAGGCGGCCACGAGGAAGAGGAGGAAGAGGAAGAAGAGGAAGAGGAAGAAGAGACUGAAGAAACGUCCGUCGAAAAAAGCGAUCAGGAGGAAGACGAAGGCAUAGCCGAAGCUCCUGAGGAAGACGAAGACGAAGGAGAAGAGGAAGAAGGAAGCGAAGACGAGGAAAACGAAGAGGAUGGACAAUCCGUCGAGGAAGAAAUAAUCCGAAAACAAGUGUCAAGAUAUCACGAAGAAGCAAAACGGAAAGAGCGUGAUCUCGAGUCCGAAGAAAAACAAGAGGACGAAGGCUACGAGGAGGAAAGUUCCAACGAGGAGGAUUUCGGAACACUCGAAGAGCUGGACAACGUCAGCGACGAGGAAACGAAUGACGAGGGGGUAGAAAACGAAGAAAGUGGUGAAGAAGAAGAGAAGCAGCAAGAGAGUGACGAGAACGUCGAACUCGACGUCAGCAUCGAGGGUGUCAAAGCCUCCAAAGAGGACGAGGAGGAUCGAGAGAUUUUUGGCAUCCCUGGAGUCGGAGAGAUCGACGACAACAGCGCUGAACCACUCGAGGAAAUAGAAGAAGGUGAUUUGGAGGAGGUUGUGAACGAUUUGGAAAUUGAGCCGGACGAGGAGCAGGAGGAGGAGGCAGAAGAAGAGUCGACGAGCGUGGCUGUGAAAUUUGGAGUCGGAGUUGCGCUUAUCGUCGCCGCGCAUUUUGUGCUCGUUAGACGAUGGAACAAUGUCGAAGCUGAUAUGCUCGACGAGGUCGCCGAUCUGACCCGACGAAAUACCAUCGUUCCACCUCCCAGCCCGAAGGAUUUCAUCACCACCGACGAACCCGAAGAUCGGACGAUCGACAAAGUCGAAAAAAUCGUCGAAACCUACCAGGAGUUAAGGGACAAGUACAAAAAUUUGGAAAAAGAACAACCCACGAGGCCCAAAGGCGCUAUGGAAAAUUUACAAUUGAAAAAUUCUUCCAUUCUCGAAGGGAAAAAUCCAUCGUCGAAGGUGGACGCGAGGUUAGCGAAAAAGGGGGAAGAAUCAGAAGAGAUGCAAACAUCUGAGAGCGAGCGUCACUCGGCGACGGAAGAGGACGAAGAGGAAUUGAGCGAGGAAGAAGAGGAGGAGGAGGAGGAAGAGGAGGAAGAGGAAGAAGAGGAAACUGAAGAACCGGACGACAGUGAAUUGGUGGCCAAGUUGGAAGCAAAGUAUGGAAAAUUGCCGACGCCGACUGAGAGCGAAGAGGAGGAAGACGAAGAGGACGAAGAUUACGAAGAUGAAGAAGAGGAAGAGGAGGAUGAGGAAGAAGACGAGGAGGAGGCUGAAGAGGACGCAGAAAUGCCAGGAUGGAAACCAGGUGUCAAAGCACCGAAGGGAGCUCACUCCGCCCCUGUGGAGGCCAGCAAAACUCAGGAGCCUCGGGGGAAAACACUAUCGGCGAAAACUACCGGGAGCGGAUCUUCCGGAGCAAAAAAUGUCCAGGAAAACGUAAAUGAUUCGAGUUACGAUGAAGUUUCCAUUCAGGAGGAAAUCAACAAUUGGCUCUCCAAGGAAUUUGACAACUAGGAAAAAAUCAUUUUCUUAUGAAUAUUUAUCGUACAAAAGUUGUUAUCGAUACCUCGAGAAAAAAUCCAUUUUUGCUAGUCACACAGUGCCAUUGAUAAAUAAAUGAGAAAGAAAAAAUUGAGAAGCGCGAGAACCCGAGGACGAAAGAUCGAUGUUGUUGAAUUUUAAUUUUACGCGACGUUUUUCGUGUGUGUUGGGUUUUAUUGUUUAUUUAAAAUCGACUUAAGUUUAAAUACUCACAAAUAAUGAAUUAACUUCGUGAAAUGUCAAUGAAUUUGUAAUAUAAAAAUCGUCGUUACAUCGACGCUUGGUGGCCUCGAUCAAUAAAAAUGGGGCAAAGAUAAAAGCCCAGAGAGACCGAGAAAAACACAAAAA